CCGCCCCCCGCUUCGCACGGGGAUAGUUUACCCCUGGUUUCGCAGUUGAUUCCCACCGGAGUUCAAGCCCCUGGAUUCCCUCAUCCCGUCGUAUUGUACAUCAUGGGCAUGGCCAUUAUUGCCGGUGCUGUAAACCGGGUAACCUGAUUUAUUCCAUACCGUGUAUAAGGCUGAGCCAAGCAGUUGGACACCAUGAGGAUUGCCUGCUUACAAUUCGCCCCGCGCGUCGGCGACAUUGAGAAUAACCUCGACCGCGCCGAUGCUGUCCUCCAUAAAGCAAACGCAGACGAGCUUGACGGUCUGGACUUGCUCGUCCUCCCGGAGCUCGCCUUCACCGGCUACAACUUCAAGUCAUUGAAGCACAUCUCCCCUUUCUUCGAAGAGGCAGACUCCGGCAUCACGUCUUUGUGGGCGCGAACCACUGCCCUCAAGUACGACUGCACCGUCGUGGUGGGCUACCCUGAGCAGGUAGACGUCUCAGCGAAAUGGCCGGCCUCUCCUGAGUUUUACAACUCGGCCAUCGUUGUCAACGGCGACGGAGAUAGCAUUGGCAACUACAGGAAGUCUUUCCUGUAUUACACCGAUGAGACUUGGGCUCUAGAAGGCGCCGACGGCUUCUUCAGUGGCGAGAUACCCAGGCUUGGUAGUGUCGCUUUGGGCAUCUGCACAGAUCUGAACCCCUACAAGCUCGAAGCCCCCUGGGACGCCUUCGAGUUCGGCUAUCAUGUCCUCGAAGCACAGGCAAACGUGGUGAUAUUGACCAUGGCGUGGCAGACCCAUCAAGACGCCAGUCUCUUCACUCUCAACCCUGCGGAACCUGAUCUUGAGACACUAGUCUACUGGGUCCAGCGCCUCGAGCCGCUCAUCCGCGCAGAACAGGAGGAGGAAAUCAUCGUCGUUUUCUGCAACCGGAUCGGUGCCGAAGACGAAGCCACGUAUACUGGUACAAGCGCUGUGAUCGGCAUCAAGAAGGGCGAGGUCUUUGUUUACGGCGUUCUUGGGCGUGGGGUGAAUGAACUUUUGGUUGUCGACACGAAUCAGCCGCCCCGGAGCAAGUUGACCGAUGCCGACGCAGGGGAGACGGACGACUAUUUCGAGGCCAAGCCCGCCCUGGACACCAAAGUCAAAGUGGAUGGCAGGUUAAAGCUGGAAAUUCCGGGCGACAUCUCCCCGGAAGAGGACCAAGUACGCCAGUGCCAUCUUUCUGAGUCCGGAAUCGCGAUCGGGUUUGGUAGCCCCCGGAAAGUAUCGUCUCCGCGGCUGCCAUGGCUGGCACAGCCUGUCAAACCGGGCGGAACACCAACAGACAGCCGGUCACCAACACGUCUUCAGAUCCCCACCCGGCCGCAGCAUGACGAAUACAUCGCGAUCGACAGCGCCGUCACCGACGACAUCGUCAUCGACACAGAGUUCCCGGAUACUCCAGGGUUUACGCGGCGUCCGCAACAAACAAGCAUGGCAAUUCCGACCUCCCCCUCGAGGUCCCAAAACAAACCAAGCCCGUAUCCCUGGCACCACCCCGAUGGCUCACACUCGGCCGUUUUCGGUGGAGGGGCAACGAUGACCCCUAUCACGCCGUUUGACGAGGACGGAUGGAGCGCUACCCCCAUAGAUGCGAAGGCACCCGGCUGGUUUUGGAGACACGAGCCAACCUUGUCCGCUUUGAAGGAAUCGAUUGUGGAGGAGGAAGAGGAGGAAGAUGAGAAGGAAGAGACCAGGGAAUCGCCAGAGACUCAGCCCCGACGCGCCACGGCGGGAGGGGUGCAAAGUGCGUUAUCUCUCGAAAUGCAAGAGGCUCCUGGUCAUCGUGAUGAUGGCAUUGGACAACCCGAACAGCAGGCGGACGAGCCGGAAGAUGUCCCCUACUCCGGGCCGCUCAGCAAUGACUGGGCCGAUCUAGCACACGUCCUGGACGAACUGAGAACACGCCCUGGCUCGGCACUCGACUUCAGGUCAUCGCGGGACGAUCGGCCGAGCUCACCCAAGUUUCAGAAUCUGGCCCGGAACACCGGCUGCUCGGACCUAGCCUUCGACGAAUCGGACCCGGAGGCCCCAGCUGCGUAUGAAUCGGACCUCUACCGGCCAGCGUCCAGAAACGACUGGGGAAGGGGCGGUCAUGUCUCGCCGUCUGGCAUCCUCCCCGCGUCACCGAGCACGACCGGCAACAAACUCCUCCAAAGGAGUAAUUCUUUCGAUGGAGUCAUUCGGGGGAAUAGACACAGUGGGCGGUCGCAUCAACGACAACCAUCCGCCCUACGGCACGCCGUGUCCUUCUCGGACCAUGCAGAGGGCGAGCCGAAUCCCCGUUUGUCGCGCAGACAAACAGCCGUUUGAAGAUGAGUACAGCCCUUGGGGUGUAAAACGUGGCGGGCAACCUGGCCCGUGGAGGAAAGGUCUUGGCUUGAGUGGUGGCGCAGCAGUGGCAAACUGAGGCAUCACGAAAUAUAUCCAUCCUCAAUAUACGACGACAACGCGUUUUCUUUCAACCGUCGAGAGGGGAGAGAGGGAGCGGGAGGGAGCGGGAGCGAGCGAGAGAGCAAGAGAGAGAGGGAGGGAGAGAGGGAGAGGGAGGGAGAGAGAAAACAGCCCUCGUGGCUUUCCAUUGAAGGCG